AUGGCAAGAAAACAAAAGGCCCAGGAAGACUUGGAUGACUCUCCUGUCGCUUCCCGGGGACGCAGCAGAACAAAGUCACUCAAUGGUCGACAACUAAACAUCCGAAAUAAAAAUAUGGGUCCACUGAAGACAUCAGAGAAAUCUGGUAAUAGAUCGAAUAGGGACCUUCGCCAGAAGCUCCACACUCAGCAUAGGGCUUUUGUUCGAAAAAUGAAUGGUGAAAUACAAGAGUCUGUCCGAUUGAAUAGGCCCAUCUCUCUGGAAUAUAAAAAGGUACACUAUACGCGACUGUCAGACCUCAUUAAAAAGAAGGUAGAGAUCGAAGCAAACAUCAUAUCUCAGCUGCAGACGUUGCAGGAUCUCUACGAAGCUGCUGGUAAAGCCACAAAGGCAGUGGUAUUAGCAAGGAUUUCUCGACUCCAGUAG